AUGGACAAGUGGAGGGAGGGGAGGGGGCUCGUGCGGGCCCGGGGGAGGGGUCGUGCGGCCCCUGCGGGCAGCCGAGGCCGCGGAAGGGGCGCCGGCCAGAGGGGAAGAGGUAGGCCCCGGAGCCUGCUCUCUCUUCCCAGGGCCCAGGCGUCUUGGGCCCCCCAACUCCCUCCUGGACUGACUAGCCCUCCGGCCCCUUGCGUCCCCUCCCAGGGGGAGGCCCCCGCCGAGAUGGGGGCGCUGCUACUGGAGAAGGAGCCCAGAGGAGCCCCGGAGAGAGUUCAUGGCUCCUUGGGGGACACCCCGCCGAGUGAGGAGACCCUCCCGAAGGCCAACCCCGACCCCCUGGAACCCGCCGGCCCUUCCUCCCCUGCCUCUGUCACCGUCACGGUGGGCGAUGAGGGGGCUGACACCCCCGUGGGAGCCACGUCGCUCCUUGGGGAAGAGCCGGAGGAGGGUCUGGAAGACGGAGAGGGGGACCUCCCUGGGAGCCGCAUCCUGCUGGGCCAUGCAACAAAGUCCUUCCCCUCUUCCCCCGGCAAAGGGGGUACGUGCCCCAGUCGGGCCAAGAUGUCCAUGACCGGGGCUGGGAAGUCCCCCCCCUCGGUGCAGAGCUUGGCCAUGAGGUUGCUGAGUUUGCCCGGGGCCCAGGGGCCAGCACCGGCGCCAGCGCCAACACCAGCACCAACACCACCAGCAGCAAUAGCAGGGCCUGAACUCCCUCCAGCAGCCACCACCAGUCCAGAGGGGCAACCCAAGGUCCACAGAGCCCGAAAAACCAUGUCCAAACCCGGAAAUGGACAGCCCCCAGUUCCUGAGAAGCGGCCCCCGGAAGUGCAGCAUUUCCGAAUGAGUGAUGACGUUCACUCUAUGGGGAAGGUGACCUCAGAUGUGGUCAAAAGGAGGAAGCUGCACUCAGGAGGUGGCCUGUCUGAGGAGUUAGGUUCUGCCGGGGGCUCUGGAGAAGUGAUUCUGCAGAAGGGGGCCUCUGGGUCCCUGGAGGAAUGGGAGACGGUGGUGGGGGAUGACUUCAGUCUCUACUACGAUUCCUACUCUGUGGAUGAGCGUGUGGACUCAGACAGCAAGUCUGAAGUUGAAGCUCUUGCUGAGCAGCUAAGUGAAGAAGAGGAGGAGGAGGAGGAGGAAGAAGAAGAGGAGGAGGAGGAGGAAGAGGAGGAGGAAGAAGACGAGGAAUCUGGCAAUCAGUCAGACAGGAGUGGCUCCAGCGGCCGGCGCAAGGCCAAGAAGAAAUGGCGGAAGGACAGCCCGUGGGUGAAGCCGACUCGGAAACGGCGGAGACGGGAGCCUCCAAGGACCAAGGAACCCCGAGGCGUGAAUGGUGUGGGCUCCUCGGGCCCCAGUGAGUACAUGGAGGUCCCUCUCGGGUCCCUGGAGCUGCCCAGCGAGGGGACCCUCUCUCCCAACCAUGCUGGGGUGUCCAACGAUACGUCCUCACUGGAGACGGAGCGGGGGUUUGAGGAGCUACCCCUGUGCAGCUGCCGCAUGGAGGCGCCCAAGAUCGACCGAAUCAGCGAGCAGGCAGGCCACAAGUGCAUGGCCACGGAGAGUGUAGACGGAGAGCUCUCAGGCUGCAAUGCCGCCAUCCUCAAGCGGGAGACCAUGAGGCCCUCGAGCCGCGUGGCCCUGAUGGUGCUCUGUGAGACCCACCGCGCCCGCAUGGUCAAGCAUCACUGCUGCCCCGGCUGUGGCUACUUCUGCACGGCUGGCACCUUCCUGGAAUGCCACCCUGACUUCCGGGUGGCCCACCGUUUCCACAAGGCCUGCGUCUCCCAACUGAACGGGAUGGUCUUUUGUCCCCACUGUGGGGAGGACGCCUCUGAGGCCCAGGAGGUGACCAUUCCCCGGGGAGAUGGGAUGACCCCCCCUGCUGGCCCUGCCGCCCCCGCCCCUCCGCCCCUGGCCCAGGAUGCCCCUGGAAGAGCAGACACCUCCCAACCCAGUGCCCGGAUGCGAGGGCAUGGUGAGCCCAGGCGCCCCCCCUGUGACCCCCUGGCUGACACCAUCGACAGCUCCGGUCCCUCACUCACACUGCCCACUGGCGGCUGCCUCUCAGCGGUGGGGCUGCCCCCAGGGCCCAGCCGGGAAGCCCUGGAGAAAGCCCUGGUCAUCCAGGAGUCAGAGAGGCGAAAGAAACUUCGUUUCCACCCGAGACAGCUGUACCUGUCGGUGAAGCAGGGCGAGCUGCAGAAAGUGAUCCUGAUGCUGUUGGACAACCUGGACCCCAACUUCCAGAGCGACCAGCAGAGCAAGCGCACGCCCCUGCACGCAGCCGCCCAAAAAGGUUCUGUGGAGAUCUGCCACGUGCUGCUGCAGGCCGGAGCCAACAUUAACGCGGUGGACAAGCAGCAGCGGACGCCGCUGAUGGAGGCGGUGGUGAACAACCACGUGGACUUGGCCCGCUACAUGGUGCAGCGAGGCGGCUGCGUCUACAGCAAGGAAGAAGACGGCUCCACCUGCCUCCAUCAUGCAGCCAAACUCGGCAAUCUGGAGAUGGUCAGCCUGCUGCUCGGCACAGGGCAAGUGGACGUCAAUGCCCAGGACAGUGGCGGGUGGACGCCCAUCAUCUGGGCCGCAGAGCACAAGCACAUUGAGGUGAUUCGCAUGCUGCUGACCCGGGGCGCCGACGUCACCCUCACGGACAAUGAAGAGAACAUCUGCCUGCACUGGGCCUCCUUCACGGGCAGCGCCGCCAUCGCCGAGGUACUCCUCAACGCCCGCUGCGACCUGCACGCUGUCAACUACCACGGCGACACGCCCCUGCACAUCGCUGCGCGCGAGAGCUACCACGACUGCGUGCUCUUGUUCCUGUCCCGCGGGGCGAACCCUGAGCUGCGGAACAAGGAGGGCGACACGGCGUGGGACCUGACCCCGGAACGCUCCGACGUGUGGUUCGCGCUCCAGCUGAACCGCAAGCUGCGGCUGGGCGUGGGCAACCGGGCCAUCCGCACCGAGAAGAUCAUCUGCAGGGACGUGGCGCGGGGCUACGAGAACGUGCCCAUUCCGUGCGUCAACGGUGUGGACGGGGAGCCCUGCCCCGAGGACUACAAGUACAUCUCUGAGAACUGCGAGACGUCUAUGAUGAAUAUCGACCGCAACAUCACCCACCUGCAGCACUGCACAUGUGUGGACGACUGCUCCAGCUCCAACUGCCUGUGUGGCCAGCUCAGUAUCCGGUGCUGGUAUGACAAGGACGGGCGGCUGCUGCAGGAGUUUAACAAGAUUGAGCCCCCCCUGAUAUUCGAGUGUAACCAGGCCUGCUCCUGCUGGAGGAACUGCAAGAACCGUGUGGUGCAGAGCGGCAUCAAGGUGCGGCUACAGCUCUACAGGACAGCCAAGAUGGGCUGGGGCGUCCGCGCCCUGCAGACCAUCCCCCAGGGGACCUUCAUCUGCGAGUAUGUCGGGGAGCUGAUCUCUGAUGCCGAGGCCGACGUGAGAGAGGACGAUUCUUACCUCUUCGACUUAGACAACAAGGACGGUGAGGUGUACUGCAUCGAUGCCCGUUACUACGGCAACAUCAGCCGCUUCAUCAACCACCUGUGCGACCCCAACAUCAUCCCCGUCCGGGUCUUCAUGCUGCACCAAGACCUGCGGUUCCCACGCAUCGCCUUCUUCAGCUCCCGAGACAUCCGGACCGGGGAGGAGCUGGGGUUUGACUAUGGUGACCGCUUCUGGGACAUCAAAAGCAAAUACUUCACCUGCCAGUGUGGCUCCGAGAAGUGCAAGCACUCCGCUGAGGCCAUUGCCCUGGAGCAGAGCCGCCUGGCCCGCCUGGACCCCCACCCCGAGCUGCUGCCGGACCUUGGCUCCCUGGCCCCUGUCAACCCUUGAGAACGGACCACACUUGCCCCCCCAGCCCAUGGCCCCCCUGCGUCAGCAGCCUCCUCUGCCACUGGUUGCUCACAGCCCACGCUGGGGGCAGCACUGCCAGCUUCCCCCACCCUAGCCCUUGACACAUUUCUGGGCAGAGACCCCAGCCAGGCCCCGGAGGUCUGACAGGCCCCCUCUCCCAGAGCUGGUUCCUCCCUGGGAGCGCCACUUCAGGGCUGGCCGUCCCCCUGUUCCCUGCCCUUAGCUGAAAUCGGAUACAUUGAAAUCAGGUCUCUUUGCCAGCUGAUUUCUCUGGUUCUCAUUAAACGUCAGGUUUGGUAA